UGCUGCAUUUAAACAGCACAUACCUUAAGGUCUUAUGGGUAUCGUUCUGAGAACAUGGCUUUCAUGGAAGUACUUCUUCAGGUUUCCAGCACGGGAACAUUAAUCUGCUGCUUGCUUCUGUUCUUAGCUGUUUAUCUCCUGUUCUUCAGGUCUCAGAGAGACAAAAACGAACCUCCAGGGCCAAAACCGUUGCCACUGUUGGGAAAUCUGCUAAUGCUGGAUGUCAACAAACCGUACUUGAGCCUGUUUGAGAUGGCAAAGCAGUUCGGCCCAGUGUUCACUGUCUACUUUGGUCCAAAAAAAGUGGUUGUGCUAGCCGGCUACAAAACAGUGAAGCAAGCACUUGUUAAUCAUGCAGAUGAAUUUGGAGACCGAGAAAUCAUGCCACUGUUCCAUGAUUUCACUAAAGGUCAUGGCAUUAUAUCUGCCAAUGGAGAGAGUUGGAGAGAAAUGAGACGGUUUGCUCUCACCAAUUUACGAGACUUCGGGAUGGGGAAGAAAAAAAUUGAAGAGAAAAUCAUAGAGGAAACAUGCCAUUUACAAGAGGAGUUUGAGAAGUUUGAAGGAAAGCCUUUUGAAACCACACAGCUGAUGAACUACGCUGCCUCGAGUGUCAUCUGUUCCAUUGUGUACGGACGCAGGUUCGAGUAUACAGACCCUCAGCUACGAAAUAUGGUGGAUCGAGCCAAUGAGAGCAUCAGGCUGAGCGGAACAGCGACCGUGCAGCUCUACAACAUGUUCCCUUUCUUGGGUCCAUGGCUCAAGAAUUGGAGACUACUCAUGAAACACCUAGCUCUUGAUAUCAAAGAGAUAUCAGAGCUGGUGAGCGGUUUACGUGAAACACUGAACCCACAGGAUCUCAGAGGCUUUGUGGAUUCCUUCCUCGUCCGCAUGCAGAAUGCAGAGGAAUCUGGAGAGAAGAAUUCGCUUUUCAACCAGCAGAACCUUAUUUUCUCAGUCGGAAACCUGUUCGCCGCUGGUACGGACACUACUAGCACAGCACUGCGCUGGGGCUUGCUGCUUAUGGCCAAAUAUCCACACAUACAGGAUCGGGUUCAGAAGGAAAUUGACCAGGUGAUCGGUGGACGGCAACCGGUUACAGAGGACAGGAAGAACUUACCGUAUACAGACGCUGUGAUCCAUGAAACCCAGAGAUUUGCUGACAUAGUACCCAUGAGUAUCCCCCAUAAGACCAGCUGUGACGUUCACUUCAAUGGAUACUUUAUCAAGAAGGGCACAUGUAUAUUUCCUCUUCUAAUGUCUGUAUUGUACGAUGAGGAUGAAUGGGAAACACCCCACACCUUUAACCCCGAACACUUCCUGGACAAGCAGGGGCGAUUUGUGAAGAAAGAUGCCUUUUUGCCCUUCUCUGCAGGCCGCAGGGCUUGUCUUGGAGAGAGUUUGGCCAGGAUGGAGCUCUUCUUGUUCUUCACCUCCCUUCUUCAGCAUUUCCGCUUCACUCCUCCUCCUGGAGUGUCUGAAGAUGAUCUGGAUCUCACUCCAGCGGUGGGCUUCACCUUGACCCCGACUCCACACAAAUUGUGUGCAGUCAAACGCUUGUGAACUAUUUUACAUAUUUGCUUGUUCAUUUUUUAUAUGCAAUGUGAAACCUCAAUCAUGAUUUUUAAGCAUUCACAAAAUAAAAAAAACACUAUGAAAACCAUAUCAUAUAUAAAAUAGGAACGUUUUUUUUUUUUUACAUUGUCAUUUUUAAUUUAAAUUAUGUUUGCUAGAUGUUUCUUACAAUCGACUGCAAUUUCAACGAUGUGCCUCCAUCCAGUCAACAACCAAUGGAUAGAACCAAGGCCCAGUGUUUUUAUUUUUUGAUAAUCAGUUUCACCUUGAUGUACAUCACAGUGCAGAAGAAAAUUAGCAUUUUAACAUGCUGGACAAAUUAACUAACUACAAGACUAUUGCAAAAUACCAGCGUUUAUGAUUAAAUAAAACAUUUCAGUUCACAGUUAUUUCAUUAUAUUUUUUUAGAUAUUAGUAGUGUGUUUCUUUUUGGAGGUUUUCAAAAGACUAAAACUGUCUAUUUUUUUGUCUGCUGUUUUUGACAUCAGGUUAGUACUUACAUUUUGUUUGCUUUUGUGGGACUGAAAAACUUCAGGAAUUGUAUAUUGAAUUUCAGUAAUUAUAUUAAUAUGGAAUUGUAUAUUGGAUAUUGAUUUCGGGAAUUAUAUCGAAUUUAUAAGUUCAAAAGGAGACACUGAUAUCUAGUUUCGAGGUUUUGUCAGGUUGAGCUCACUUCUGGUUUGCAUGUGUUUUUUUUUGCUUUGGAGUUUGGAGCCCCCUACAGUUAAGAUAAUAUUUUGCUAAAUUUCACAUUCAUAAAUGUAAAUUCAGUAAAAUACAACAUUUGGUUUUGGUUUUUGAAAAGGAAAUUAACUUAUAUACAGUAUUAUCAAGUCAAUUAACGUAUUUACAUGAAUAGCCUCUGCAAAUAUUGUAUUUCUUUUGGGGUUUUCUUUCCCUAUACUCUGAUCUUCACAACCUUCAUUUAUUACAGUACUUUAGAUAUAAAUACGAACUUUCACUGUCGUUAGUUUCACUCUAUACAUCCAUGUUAACAUUACUUAAAAAAUGCAUGUAACGCCAUGGACUUAAUAUAACUGAGUGGUUUCUACAAAAAACUAACAUUGUCAGCUUUGCUUAACAAGUGUUUGUUCAGUCAACUUAACAUAACUGAGUGGUUUCUACAAAAAGCUAACACUGUUAGCUUUACUUAAGAAGUGUUUGUUCAGUCAACUUAACAAUGCUGAGUGAAACGCACAAAUUAGUAAAACGUUGUAGGAUGGACCUUUAGGUGCACCGUAGCUGCAACAGAAGACAGACAAACCAGGAAAAGAUGUGGGUGACUCUGCUUGUCAGGUAUGAAUUAAAUUCUUUACCAUCCUGAUAAAUACUGCUUUGAAAAAGUGAUUUAAGUCUGCACAAAGGGUUUUUAUUAAAGUUAUAGUAUAUUUUGGUGCCUGGCAAUGCUAAUCUGUUCCAUACAGGCUACAUUUUCAUUCUCUAGUAUGUUUCCAUUUUAGUCAGUUAUGCUAACUCGUGUUUCUCUCUCAAAACAAGCAUGUGGCAAUGUAAGGACUGCAAAAUAACAGUGUCAACUAGAUGGCAAUUUUUGAAGCACUAUAAUGUUAGAUUAACACAUGGCUAAUUUGGUCACAGUAAUUGUUUCCCAUGCACUAUAUAAUAUGGAAUUAACAUGGAAUGUAUCUUAAUCGUUCAUAUGCUAAGGAUACUAGUGUUUACGAUGUUCUAUUUAGCUGUUCAAGCCCAUGUGGAGGUAGCCUAAUUGCUUUUUGUCUUCAGAUUUCAUUGAAUAUCCCUGAAUGUAAAUUUAAAAAUGAAAGAUAUCCUCAGUGUUGUGUUAUGUCUUUUAAAUCUCUAGAUUGCUGCUGAGUUUACUUGAAUUACCAUCACUCAACUGAUAUAGACAAACCCUGGGUGGAUACAGAAGUAAACUGGCCAGCAUCUACCAAUAAAUGAGUUGCAGGACGGAACAUGUGUAAACUAAUGGCUGUCACUAAGAAGGUUUGUAAUAUCUGUUUUUGAUAUGAUGCUUGUUUUCACUUUGGCAUGGUGAAUUGUAAUUUUGUCUGUUCUUAAUUUUUUUCCACAGAACAAUACCGACUCAAUUUGGAUCUGUGCAUCUUAAAGGGAUAGUUCACCCAAACCUUUGUCAUUGUUUACUCACCCUCAUGUCAUUCCAAACCUGUAUGAUUUUCUUUCUUCUGUUGAACACAAAAGAA